CUGGCUCGGUGUGAUUCAGGUUAUGUGAGAACAGUACCUGGCCUGUGUAAGAUGUGUUUUGUUAUCUAUCUUCUCGUGAUCAUGCACGCUGUGUCUGUCACAGCUGCACAAGGAUCAAGUUGCCACUACAAGAAUGGAUGCAGUCCUCUCCCUGAUGUGUGUUCAGUGCCACCUCCUGUUUGUGUGACAGACUGGUUUGGACACUACUGUCAAAUGCAUAACAUCGCACGUGGUAAAACUGCCAGUCAGAGCAGCACGUGGUCAGACACUACUGGUACAUAUGAUGCCAGUAAAGCUGUUGAUGGGGAUGUCACCACACACUUUGAUCAUGGGAGUUGUUCACACACAAAUGGCGGGCCUGCAAGCUGGCAAGUUCUCCUUGGUGGAACGUUCCUAAUCAGCCGGAUAACGAUCUAUCUCCGUGAUGACAGUAAGUUAUGUUACCUAGCGUUUGAUUAA